AUGUUCCGUACUGCAGGUGUUCUCCUGCUGGUCAUGCUCUCACAGCUUGUGAGCAUGUGCAGCUCAGCUGUUCAUAAUGAUGCCACCGAGUCUGUGGGUUCUGAUCCCAUUCUGGAGAUUCAUGGUGAUCCAGUUCAGGAAGACUCAAACCAGGCAAGGAACGGUGGGAGACGAUCACAAGACUCUGAACGUACAGGUCCAGACCAGAGCCAGGUGGGCUGCAGGGAGCUUCGGUCCACCAAAUACAUCUCUGAUGGUCAGUGCACCAGCAGCAGUCCAAUCAAAGAGCUUGUCUGUGCCGGGGAGUGUUUGCCAGCUCAUCUGCUGCCUAACUGGAUUGGGAGCGCGACUUAUAACGGCAGGUACUGGAGCCGUCGCGAUGCACAGGAGUGGCGCUGCGUCAUAGACCGGACCAGAACCCAGCGGAUCAGACUGCAGUGCCAGGAUGGCUACACGCGAACCUACAAAAUCACUGUGGUAACAUCCUGCAAGUGCAAGAGGUACUCCAGAGACCAGAACAACUCAGGACACAAGGACAUGUCAGGACACAAAAAUAGGCAGAGCCAGAGGAAGAUCACCACUCCUGGAGCCCCAAACCUAUAA